AUGAAUGCUCGGCAGCCAAUGAUCAAUUUGCCAGAGGCAAAGAACGGAGGUGUUUAUGUCGCUGCUCUAGAACUCCGCAUCGAGAAGCUCGAACGACGGUUGGAUUAUGCAAAAUCUCGAAAAGCCUCCGUUGGACAGCAUGAAGCCGAUGGUACUACUAACACCAACCUCACUGAAGCGGAUAGAAGAGAUUCCCUAGCGGCUAUUCGAGCUGCGAUCCAUCGCAAGGCGGCGCGUAACCGGGAGAACUUAGACGUCAACUCCCUAGUAUCAGACUUUGGUAUCCUAUCGGUCGAUGCCACAACUAGAGAUUUUGAGCCUUCUCUGGGCAACAUUACUUUUGCAAGGCUUGUCUUGGCUGUUACGACAAAAGACUCACUAUCAGAGUCACCACAAUCCAUGAUGCCUUCUAGGCAGGCCGCCAAUACCAUCGUGCAGUAUUUUAUGGCCAAUAUUUACUCAUUGUUUCCAUGUUUCUCGGAGACUGCGCUCUUGACAAUAUUAGACGAUGUAUAUCGUCAAGACGACCGCGUUAUCAGGGACUCAGAUUACUGGUUGCUGUUUCUAGUUCUUGCCAUCGGGUCUACCUCUCAAAGUCGCAAGAUCAACGAUGAGUGUUAUGUUAGCGGUGUCAAUUUCGUUUGCAGAGCCAUGUCUUAUGCAGAUCGAGCGCUUGCGCCGGGAUAUGUCACUCAGAUCCAGUCGCUACUUCUACUAACCAUAUAUUCCAUGCUGGAUCCUGCUCACUUUGAUACAUGGCAUCUAAUAGGGUUCACGUCACGGGCCGUGGUUGACUUGGGAUUGCACCAGGACCCUCCCACAUCGUCAGUGUCGGACCGGUCCGCUCUUGAUAUGCGACGCAAGAUAUUCUAUUGUACUUAUGCUCUCGACCGUGCUAUUAGCAUGGCCCAUGCUCGGAGCUUCUCGUUUGCGGACGAAUCCAUUAAUGUUGCGUUCCCUCAAAUGUCGAACUUGGGAGAUAAGCCGGCCACUUCGAAACUUAUAUCCGGACCUCAAUCUGCGGAUCCGGCCUUGUUACUUUUCCAGCUCCGCCGAGCCCAGUCAUACUGGUACCAGGUUCUUUAUCAAUCAGAGCCGACUCCUUUGCCGAACCCUACCGGAUUUCUUUGGCAGAUGUGCUUAGAUAUGAGAGAAUGGCAGGAGUCCCUCCCCAACACAUUAUCACCUGGUAUUCGGCAAAUGUUUGAGCAGGAGCUACGUUACAGCUAUGUGUACUGCAUUGCACCGUCAGCCAGAGCACCUCAAAUCACAAACUACAUUCGAGUCCUGAUAUUCGAGUAUUCUCUGGAGUAUCUCAACAACAUGUAUGACAUUGCAUACAGUGGCUUAAACAGCGCAUUUUACACAUACCACGAUGCGUUAAAAGUCUACUUCAUGGCCAAUCAGUUACUGGCUGUGCUGCGAGACGCACAGGAUUUACUCGUUUUUGGGGCACAUGUCCCACCUCCACCAGCUCCUCCUGGUUCUGCGCCUGCUCCGCCCAUACCUCGCCGCCAUAUGAGACCUGAUAUGCCCGUGGGCAACAAUCUAAAUCUCGAUAGAACUAUUUGGUGUCUAGAACGCAUUCCCAAGACGUUGCAGCUUUACGGGAUGAAGUGGGAAGAUGCAUUGAUGCUUGAGCGGAGCUUUGAGCAAUUGUCAAACGGGACAGUGGACCGCCUGAGAAAUCUUCGCCAGUUGUCUGGUCACAAUCAGUAUCAAAAUGGAGUCCAAUCCAUCACUCCUCCAGGAGUAGUUCAACUUCAAGGCCAGCAGGCACCCGCUAGUAUGAGAUGGGUAGGAGUGGGUGCAACUCAGAUGAUGCACGGAGGACCUCGUCAAUAG